AUGUCGCCAAGUGUUGCUUCUGCGGCGCAGGCUCCAAAUAUGACGCCCGACUUUGAGGUCAGAUUUCAGCUCGACGCAAGCCGGGUCCUCAACUCUGACCAUCAGUUGAAGAAUUCGGUUCGGGACAAUUUUUCAGUCCAAGACACAGUCAAAAUGAAUGUCCACUUUCUCGACAAGUGCUCCAACGAAAUAUUCAAAGCUGGCUGGAACGUUCGAUUGCGAAUAGUCCAAAAGAAACCCGAGUUUGAAUUGACUUACAAGAAGCGAUACGACAUCGCGGGUGGCAAUGUUGAAGCUGCGCUCACAGAAGCUAAUCAGGAUGGCUUCAACUCAACAUCUGACAAGUACGAAGCCCAAGUCGAGUGGGGCUUUAAGAAGCAGACACUCUCCGUCAGUCGUGAAAAGAAGGUCAAAUAUUCCGGAGACGGCGAGAUGAACCUUCCUGGGACCGCUGUCUCGCGGGACAUGCUCAUAGACAAGGCUCCGAGCAAGUUCGACAAUUGGAAGGGGAAAAAAUGGGGUACCGAAGCGUUAGAGAAGGCAGUCAUUUUUGGACCAGUUCACGCCACCCGAGCAAUUGGCAAGUGGCAGGAUCACAAGCUGUAUAUUGAGGUUUGGCCCAUCCGAAGCGCUGAUGGAUCGGCAUGGCAGUACUUUGUUGAAGCAUCUUUCAAAGCAGCUCGUCGCGCUGAGGCAGAAGAAGGAAGGAAAACUCUUCUAAAGGAAUUGCAAGAGAAAGGUUGGUUUCUACCGGAAGAUGCGUUGAAAACGAGCAUCAUUAUGGAACGUUAUACGUGCUCAUGA